UAGGUCGCGAGGCUCGAUGGAACGAGUGUCCUCCCUGACCCAAGAGCUAGUCUCCUUCCGAUGCUACAGUACCCCCCUGUCCCGCCCGCCGGGAUCCUGUCGUCCCCCAAGUCCCACCUUUGUUCUCUCCCACCUCCGCACCAUCGUUCACGUCGACAACAUCCAAGGCUCUGAUGGCGUCACGGUCGGUUUAGAAAGAGGCUUCAUUCUCGCAUUCCUUUCGUCUUCUCGUCUGUUUGGCGGCGUCGAUUUCCUCCGCUUUUUUCUCUUUUUUUCUUUUCUUUUUUGCAUUUCGCCUCCCAUCAAUACGGGCGCUUUCUUCGGCCCGUAGAGCGACGCACAAGGUGGACUUCUCGUAUUCUGCCAGAGGUCCAGAUCCUUGUAGCCCCCCAGACGUGGUCGAGAAAGGCCAGAUAGCGCAGUCUCCAUGCCCAAAGGGACAUGAUAUAUAAGGUGCCACUCGCGCAAAACAUAUCCCCCAGUCCCCUCCCCUCCUCGAUGCCAUGGAGCCGCUCGCUUCCGCCAUGACAUCGCUACGAAGUGCCCUCAUCGCCGCACUCAGGUCUCUCCUCGUGGGAAGAUCUCUCAUCCAGGCCAUCCUAGCCUACUGGACCGGCCGCAACACGCUCAAGCAGCUCGAUGGCAACCCGGCCCCGAUAGGUCCCUCUGGCGGCGGCCGGCGGCAGUACGACGGCAUCCUGGAGUUCCUGCAGGAAGCCGAGGAGCUCCUCCUACAACCGGUGAACCCCGCGGCCCUCCGCGAGUUCUCGCUCCAGCUGAAGGCCCAGCUGCGAGAGCGGCUCUGGUCGGACACGGCAUGCAUGCUUCCUUCAUACAACCACCUGCUGCCCGACGGCUCCGAGCACGGACGCUACCUGGCUCUGGACGUCGGCGGCUCGACUUUGCGUGUCGCCUUGGUUGAGCUGGACGCCAAGGCCAAGGCCGGGCGUGGGGGCAAAAGCAGUAUCGUGCGAAUGAGCACCUUCAGGAUAGACAGCGACAUAAAGAACCUCGUGGGAAUGGACUUCUUUGACUGGGUGGCUGCCAGGAUCGUAGAGACCGUAUCUUCGGCGCCCGAAGACGCACAUGAAAAUGGCUCCGAGAAGCCAAUACCAGUGGGGCUGGCAUGGAGUUUUCCCAUCGAACAGACUUCGGCAAAAGGAGGGUUACUUCAGGGAAUGGGCAAGGGGUUCCUUGCAGCUGAUGGGCUGCUUGGGCUGGAUUUGGGCGACAUCAUCCAAAUGGCUUGCAGCAAGAGAGGCCUCAAUGUAGAGCUGGCCGCCAUCGUCAACGACUCUUCCGCCACACUCCUCUCCGAGACCUACCAGAGUCCGUUGACACGAUUCGGUCUGAUUCUCGGCACCGGCUUCAACAUCUCGGCAUUCCUUAGCACAUCAGCUAUAGAUGGACCAAAAUUCGGAGCCCGGCAGGCCAGCUGGCUGCAAAAGGCUAGCCAUGUCAUCAUCAACACCGAGAUGGGCAUGUUCGGCAAGGGCAUACUGCCCAUGACGAGAUGGGAUCGGAGGCUUAACGAUUCGCACCCCAAGCCCGAAUUCCAACCACUGGAGCACUUUGUGGCCGGUUUUUAUCUCGGAGAGCUCGCCAGGCUGGUCCUGGUUGAGGCGAUCGAGUCGACGGGCAUUUUUGGCGGGAUCGUGCCGCCGAGCCUGUUGAAGCCAUACUCGCUCGAGACCGAGACGAUAUCUGCUGUCGAAGGUGACACAACGUCGUCCCUUUCGGGUGCCAUCUCUGCAUUCUCGGCCCGCCACCCGUCACCGGUCGCCCCAACGACGGAAGACAUGACGGCGCUCAAGACCAUCGCCUCGCUCGUGACGCAGCGGUCUGCCGCCAUAGUGGCCGCUGCCGUGCACGGGCUGUGGGAGCUAAAGGCGGAGACGGAGUGCGAGUGCCUCGAAUCGCUCACGGAAGCCGCAGCAGCGUCUGCCAGGAGCGAUGCGCCGACAGACGCGCGAGAUGGGUGCCGCUUCAUGGAGCAAACAAAGGCCGAGAUGGGUCUUGGACGUGUCAUGGUCGCCUACAACGGAUCUGUGAUAGAGCAGUACCCGGGCUUUUUGAAGAACUGCCAGGGGUACAUUGACGGGCUUCUGGCGUCGUCGUCGUCGUCGUCGUCGUCGUCACGCCUGUCUGGGGGAAUAGAGCUGGUCCCGGCCAAGGAGAGCUCGCUUAUCGGCGCGGCCGUUGCGUUGGCGUGCCGCGAGGAAGGCAAGGCGAACUAGGUGCAUGGACCGGACAGGAACCGGACAGGAGGGCUGACCAUAGCCAGGUGCCCAGGCGGCGCACAUGCCGUGUGUCGGGGAGUAGUCGGCUUUAUUCCGAACAACGAACGGACGUGUCGUCACAUUUUUCAGCCUGGCAGCAGUUCUUGGGUGGGAUAUGUGAGGUUGACACGAUUCUAACCCAUCCCUUUCUUUUUGUCUUCUUUUUGUCUUUAAAUUUGAGAUGACUUGGCUCCACGAUUGGUCUGGAUCCGGCCACCUGCUUCUUUUGGCUAAACGCUGUGCGACCCACCCAACGUGGGAUUUAGGGACAGCCCAAAGGGGCAGCCAAAAGAGGAACAGGAAGAGAGGCAGGAAGAAAUCCCGCUAAUUCUCUGCGUUCUCCCGUGUCGGAAUGCAUGCGGGCAAUUCUGCCUUGCGCACAAGGUUGGCCGAUCCCUCGUGUCGGCUGGGCAAAGCCGCCGUCGAUCGUCAGCCACGUCGCUAAGAGCCGGCUAGGGCUUCGUAUUUUGACAUGGUCGGUGACUCCCGUCGGUAUUUUUGGAUUCUUUUUUGGUGAACGGCUCUCGCCCAACUGGUCGAUCGGAUGUGGCGCUCGCAGUCGACAUCGGCAUCGCGUGGGGGGCUCAAUCGGAUCGCUCAAAUCGUGGUGCCCGGUACCUCGCCCCAGCCCCAGCCUCCCCAGCUGGGGGGCGUCAAAUCCACUGCAGGAGCGCCGACCAGGU